AGCCCCUUGAACACGUUGUAUAAGUCCUAUUAAUUAUUAUCCGUAGCUUUUUUUCUGUGUGAACACUUCAGUUGCUUUCCUGAAAAUGUAAGACUAUUCAGAAGCCUGGUACGACAAAACUAUUGGCAUUCAAUGAACGACCCAGGCCGCUGUCGGUAGCCGCAUUGUCUUGCAAAUGAAACCACAAAGUAAGCAAAAAAGGAUAAACAAAGCAUCAUGUUGUUUGAUUACUACCAGUGACACGCUAUCUAGGCCUAGAUAAUUCUAGCCACUUUCUGGAAAGCAGUCGAUUCUGCCUAUAUUUACAGUAUCAACAUGGAUUCGCUAAAAUUAGUGGACCUAGCAAAGUUGACUACCGUGUUGGCACAAGGUCUAAUCACUGGUACAGCCUACUACAUAACAAUGGUAGAAGUCCCAGCGAGAUUGGCCCUGGACAUGCCUUUAGCGGUAAAGAGCUGGAAACCGUGUUUUAAUGGCGCCAAAAAUUCCCAGAUUUUCUGGUCAACAUUCAGCAUGCUUGGUGGCUUCAUUGUUUAUUAUCUAGAGUAUGGAACACCAAAAGAAUGCAUCCUUUGGCCUAUUGCAUCAGCAAUGGUUGUUAGUAUAGUGCCAUAUACACUCAUUGGCAUGAUGCCAUUGAACAACCAACUGGUAGAAACACAGAAAUGCAUUGAAAAAGGUGAUCGCUGGAUUGAGGGCAGUCUAAAGAAAUGGGGAAGUCUCCAUGCAGUCCGUACUGUCAUCAAUCUGGGCGCAUUCGGACUUAUGUUAUAUGCUACAUUUAAAUCUACCAAGUAAACUUAAUAAAUAAACUACAUAUUUAGAUUUACAAAUAAGCUACCUGUUAUACUUUGCUUUAGCCAACCGUCCCGGUCCAUCCGGUUGGAACAAAUUUUUCAAUAUAUAAUUAGAUAUUGUUAUAAAAUCAAGAACUGCACAUGCACAAGAUUUACGUUAUUUUCCAAAUCAUCAAGAGACGUUGCACAUACUCAGGGAGGAAGCUAUCAGGGAGGGGGGUCUAGAGGGUUGUGUCACCCCCAGAUACUUCCAUGAGUUUGUCCGUAAAUUUUUAGUUUGUGCAAAAAUUCCCUGGUUUGUCGGUAAAAUAGUCUAUCGUUAGGUGAAAUAGCACCUAAAUUUCUCUUCAUCUAUGUCUUCGUCGGUAAAUUUUACUACUCAUGACCCUCCACCCCCUAGUCUGGAAGCUCAAGCUACGCCACUGCACAUACUAAAGCACUUUCCAAUGCUUGUAUUUUUAAAUAAAAGGAGAUUGCUUGAACCCCAUACAGUGUAUAUGAUGUUGAAUCUAGCAAUCUCCCUGCUUUUUUGAUUUUUUAAAUAAUUACAUCGACUUUUCACCAUCAGAUUGAUUUCCCUGCUAUUGUGAUGAAAUCGAUAAUGAACUUUAUGAUUGAUGAACUGGCACCAUUUCAGAAUUUCACUGGAAUUUUUAUCUUUUUUUCAAGAGAGUGAUGCUUGCUCUUACUCC